CAUCCAAUACAUUCAACCAAACUUAUGCCCAGCCCUCCCCUACCGCUACCGGACUCCCUCUCCGCAGCCACGGUUGCGCCUUCUCCGUCUGAGCUCAGCCGCUCAGCCACGGUUCCUCUCCUCCGAUUCAUGCUCGUCCAGCUCUUGUGUGUAGUGGUAGACGGCCGGUGACGAGCUGAAAAUAUAUUCUAGCUAAACCUGAUAAUGGCUAUGAUAGAUGAGCCUCUGUACCCGAUUGCUGUACUGAUCGAUGAACUGAAAAAUGAAGAUAUUCAGUUGCGCUUGAACUCCAUCAGAAAACUUUCUACGAUUGCCCGGGCACUGGGUGAAGAAAGAACAAGGAAGGAACUAAUUCCAUUCCUUAGUGAAAACAAUGAUGAUGAAGAUGAGGUGCUUCUUGCAAUGGCGGAAGAGUUGGGUGUGUUUAUUCCUUAUGUUGGAGGUGUAGAGCAUGCACACGUUUUGCUUCCACCACUCGAAACAUUGUGUACUGUGGAGGAAACCUGCGUCAGAGACAAGGCUGUGGAAUCACUGUGCCGGAUUGGAGCACAGAUGAAUGAAAGUGAUAUCGUGGACUGGUUCAUCCCUGUUGUAAAGAGAUUAGCGGCGGGUGAGUGGUUCACAGCUAGAGUGUCAUCAUGUGGCCUUUUUCAUAUCGCCUAUCCUAGCGCAUCUGAAUCACUGAAGGCAGAAUUAAGGACUAUUUAUGGUCAGUUAUGCCAAGACGACAUGCCUAUGGUGAGAAGAGCUGCUGCAUCCAAUCUUGGAAAGUUUUCUGCAACAGUUGAACAAAAUCAUUUGAAGACAGAAAUCAUGUCAAUAUUUGAUGAUCUUACACAAGAUGACCAAGAUUCAGUUCGACUAUUGGCAGUUGAGGGUUGUGCUGCUCUUGGGAAGUUGUUGGAGCCCCAAGAUUGUGCAGUACAUAUUCUUCCGGUUAUUGUAAAUUUCUCGCAGGAUAAAUCUUGGCGCGUGCGCUACAUGGUGGCAAAUCAAUUGUAUGAACUGUGUGAAGCUGUUGGUCCUGAGCCCACAAGGGAUGAUCUGGUACAAGCAUAUGUUCGCGUCCUUCGUGACAAUGAGGCUGAAGUGCGGAUCGCGGCUGCUGGAAAAGUUACAAAAUUCUGCAAGAUAUUAAGCCCAGAAAUUGCAAUCCAACAUAUUCUUCCAUGUGUCAAGGAACUAUCGUCAGAUUCAUCUCAGCAUGUUCGUUCGGCUUUGGCUUCAGUUAUUAUGGGAAUGGCUCCUGUGUUGGGAAAGGAUGCCACUAUCGAACAACUUCUUCCCAUUUUUCUUUCUUUGCUGAAGGAUGAGUUCCCUGAUGUUCGACUCAACAUAAUAAGCAAACUUGAUCAAGUUAAUCAGGUUAUUGGAAUCGACUUGCUGUCGCAAUCACUUCUACCAGCCAUUGUAGAGCUUGCUGAAGAUAGGCAUUGGAGAGUUCGGCUUGCCAUAAUCGAGUACAUACCUUUGUUGGCAAGCCAAUUAGGUGUUGGAUUUUUUGAUGACAAGUUGGGGGCACUUUGCAUGCAGUGGUUAGAAGAUAAGGUUUUCUCAAUCAGGGAUGCUGCUGCCAACAAUUUAAAGCGUCUGGCAGAGGAAUUCAGUCCUGAGUGGGCAAUGCAGUAUAUAAUUCCUCAGGUUUUGGAGAAGAUAAACAACCCACAUUAUCUGUACCGAAUGACCACUUUGCAAGCUAUUUCUUUGCUUGCUCCAGUCAUGGGUGCUGACAUCACAUGCCAACAGUUGCUCCCUGUUGUCAUCGCAUCCUCAAAGGAUAGGGUGCCAAACAUGAAAUUCAAUGUUGCCAAAGUCCUGCAGUCGCUCAUACCCAUCCUUGAUCAAUCUGUUGUGGAGAAGACAGUGAAACCAUGCCUUGUUGAGCUCAGUGAGGACCCAGAUGUUGAUGUAAGGUACUAUGCAAACCAGGCCCUCCAGGCAUGUGACCAAAUGGUGAUGUCAACCUAACUAGCUUUGGCUGGUGUUUAGUAAAUGAUGGUAUUCCCCAUAGUCCAUUUUUUGAAUUACUUUAAAGUGCUCUGUAGUCUUCAUAAAUUAUUCUAGCACCAAUGACCUUUACACUUGUAAUAACAGUUUCUAUUAAACGUGUAUGUUUUUGGUUUAGGUUUUGUUUAGUUCUUGGAUUUAGUUGACCUUGGGGAAGUAGGCGGACACUGGACAUUUGUGUGCUUGAGCUGUGUAUGUCUUGUCUUGUUAGUUUCUGCUAGGUCAAUUGCUGCAUUAUGAUUUCCUCGCGUGAAAAGUGCAAUUCUAAUGAUUCCCUCGCAUUGUGAUUCC